AUGGCAGCAACAGCAUCAAAGCACGACUGCACCUACCAAGCAGAAGCAGUCGGCGGACUGGUAGACCGCAUCAACCAGCCAAAUUGGUCACCAGCAAGGACAGCCAAGCACAACCUCUGCCUCGAACGCAUCUUCGCCAUCUUGCCAAACGGCGCCCUCAGCAAGGACGUUCUCCCAUCUCCUCCAAGCCUAGCCACCAUGCAGGCCCUCCUCCAAGAACUCGACACGUUGGUCUUCCGCAAGUCCAUCUCCGCUCGCUGCGACUUCGCUUGGGAUCCUCAGCUCAGCGUUGGCAGCCAGAUCGUCAAGGGCUUAUGCCAAACGCCAGUAAAUGGCCGCAUCAUCAUCAAGCUCAACUCGAGCAAGUGCCAUACUUGGUGGGAGAUCGUGGAGACCCUGCUGCACGAGAUGGUGCAUGGUUGGCUCUUCCUGCACGGCUACGAUCGGAGUUGCGGAAAAGAGUCUCCCUGCAGAAAGAUGAGCGCAAUGGGAGCGACUGGCCAUGGAUGGGCUUUCCACAAGAUCUCGCUGGCGGUGGAGCGCUGUGCGCAGAAGGCAUUGGUCAAUAUUAGAUCAAUCAUCGAGCUGAACAGAUGGCAGUCAGCAGUACAUGAGCACAAGGUAUCGGAUCCAGAAAUGGCCGAUCGAUGCUUGAUGGAGUUUUUCGCGGAGUGGGAACAGCAUAUCAUCGUAGUUAAUGUGAGAAGAUGA